AUGCUUGCUAUCGCGCAGGUACAAUCCACCAGCGCGCUCGGCAUGUUGCGAGAGGGACGCAGCAAACUUCUCGACAAAGGCAGGCAGGAAAAGGCGACGAAUACCCAAUUCAUCAAGCCACUUGCGAUCGUUGAAGACAUCAUGGCUUCGAAAAAAUCUUUCAGGAAUCCAAACCCAGAAGAUGGCAGCAUCGAUUCCACGUUGAGGAACAAUGUUGAGAACUUCAUCAAAAGCUUGACAUCCUCCUUCAAAGGCCAGGUCAAGACGUACAAAUGUCCUCUAAAGGAUUGUCCGAAGACAGGCAUUCAUGCAGAGGACAUUCUGGAACACUACCAGAAGAUCCAUCAAGGCAAGAGUUAUGGUACGGUUCUCUGUCCCGAAGGCUGCAGCCAUCCGUACGCCACAUCUGCUGCGAUGCGAAGACACAGAUUACGCGUCCACGGCAAUAAUCAUGCCACUUGCCCUGUAGCGGGCUGUCAAGACAAACAAGUUAGGGAACGUGGGCACAUCUUUAAGCACCUCCGCGCAGCACAUUCCUGUCCAAUUCCAGCUGCUCGGGGCUUCCCUGUCCGCAAAUGGUACGUUCGAGCACAGAGAACUCUGGAAAACUGGGCAAAGGCCCCUGGUCGAGGCCUGGAUGAUGACUACAAAGAUAUGUUCCUGAUUAGCACUCAGCGAGCUGCACAGGAGGACGAGCAAGAAGAUGAAUCCGAGCAAGAUAAUGACGAUGAUGAUCUCGUCAGCGGGCCCAUUACCAAUUUGCAUGACUUCCUUCGGCAGCUCUUCGCAGCCCCAGAUCAGCUUAAGGCAACUGACGUCGCUCAUCUCAAAGGCUUCUCUGUCAGUAAUCCCGACUUUGCCAGAUUUAUCACCGCUAUGAGCGCAGUCUCGGAGCCGGCCAGGGUCGCGAUUAAGUGCCUGCUCCUCACAGCCGUCAUCGACUGGAUCGAGACUGAAGAGCCAGACAGCUCCAUUGGCGAGCUUUUCCAAGCAGACGCCAAAGUCGCGGAGAAGCUCUCAACCGGCGAUCCAGAGUUGGAAGAAGGCCAGCUAAUUCGAUAUGAAUCAGGGAAAGGCACACUGUACGAUGUCAUAUACGGCCUCUACAUCAGAGGUCUUUUCGGCAAGGACAAGACCUCAUUCGUUAUGCGAGACUACUCCAAUGUGAUUUGCAUGCUGGGAGGGGAAGAAGAAAAGGCAGCUGUCAAGACUCACAAGCCUGGGCUAUCGAGCAAGGUCGAGAGUGCGAUACCGGAGGAAAAGUCGCAACUUGAGUUUUGGAAUGAUGUUCUCUUGGAAGCACUGCGCCAGUGGCUCGUCGAUUUCGGUACUGGGACCUCAACUUUCUAUGGAAUUCUGGAGGACAAGAUAGGCAAGAAGCUGGGGAAGAUGCCUAAGGAGUAG